AUGCCAGUCAUGAAGUCCACUACCCUGUCGCUCUUACUCUCCCUCCUACUACUGAGCUCGCCCGUAUAUUCGUUUGGAAGAAAUUCUCAACACCCCCCCGGCCAAAAUGCCAUCCUCCUUUCCCGAGUGCAAGCCCUGACCCUCCGUGGUAAUCGCCUCACAACCUCCCGCCGUCUUUCCCCGAUCCCUCAACUUACAUGUGUUGGGCCCUCGGAACGCAUUUGCAACAUGUAUACGAUUGACACGAUGCGUUGUACCAAUCAAGGGUUUGGCUAUGACGAGGAGGAUGUCCACUGGACCUGCACCGCAUCCCUGCCCCAGGAAUUCAAACUUGGUUCUACAGAUGUAGUGUGUGAGGGAUUCCGGGAUUCCGGCGAUAAAUGGGUAGUAAAAGGUAGCUGUGGGGUCGAGUAUCGGCUGCUGCUAACGGAGCUUGGUGAAAGGAGAUUUGGCGGUCUUCGUGAGGAUCGAUGGCCUGUGAAGGGACUGGGUCGCAAAACCAUGGGUGUACUGGGUGACUUGAUAUUCUUUGGGUUCAUGGUCGCUUGUUUCGUCUUCAUCUUGAUACCAAUGUUUGCGAAUUGCUUUGGCUUGCGAAGAAACCGCAGAGAUCCAAACGCCGGUCAUGGAGGGUUCUGGGGAGGUGGUGGAGGAGGUGGUGGAGAUGGGUAUGAUGGCCCGCCUCCGCCAUAUAGCAGUGAUCCAUUUGCAUCACGAACGUCCCAGCAAGGCUGGAGACCAGGUUUUUGGACGGGCGCAUUCAGUGGUGCCGCAGCCGGGUAUGGAAUGGGUAGAAGAAAUCAGGGGUAUGGGUCACCAUUAACAGGCAGACGGGCGUAUGCAGGAUAUGGCGCUGGGGAAGGCAGUUCACGGUCUCGCUCUACGCCUCGAUUUUCAUCUACCUCCGAAAGCACAGGAUUUGGUUCAACCAGACGGAGAUAA